UGAUAAGAACAGGUGUCCAAAAUCACGUCGGUUGUACAACUCUAUAUAUAAGGAUACUGAAAGCAACACACAUUAGUAACAUUGAGUUUGCCAGAAGCCAAGCCAACAAGGAUUUCCGUGCGUCUCCAGGAGGCAUCUCGAUCGCCAGGUAUAGCUAGCUACUUGCAAGAGGCUGGAAGAGUAGUUACCGCAAUGGCGCAGCCACAGCCAAGAAGAGGAGACGAAGGGCUCCAGGCGCAGGGGGGCAACGGCAAGGCCCCGGCGGCGCAGCAGGAUCCCAUCAAAUAUGGCGACGCGUUCCCUGUCAAGGGCGAGCUGGCGGGGCAGCCCAUCGCGCCGCGCGACGCCGCGGCCAUGCGCUCCGCCGAGGACAGCGUGCCGGGCGUCCAGGUCCCGCAGGAGAGCGGCGGUGGGUUCAGCGCCGGGGCCUUCAUGGAGUCCGCCGCCGCGUACAACCAGGCCGUCGGUGCCGUCGGCCCGGGACAGGCGAGUGCCGCCGUUGCCAAGCACGGCGUCAACGUCACCCAGGACGCCGUGCCCGGUGGCCGCAUCGUCACCGAGUUCGUGGCAGGCCAGGUGGUAGGCCAGUACGCCGUCGCUGAAGCAGCGCCGCCCUCGCCGCAGCAGCAGGAGCAGGAUGGGGCGGGUCACAAGGCCGCCGGAAACGAAGGUGGUGCAGGACACGGCGACGGAGGAGCGCCCGGUGGGCGCGCCGGUGCCACGGCGGCGAGGCGGGACUAAGAUGGAUAGGCCGAGGCUUCAAUUUUAUCAUCGUGUUCCUCUGGUCUUGUAUAUAUAACAUGUUCCUGUGAAUGAGCUCUCGCGCUACUAUGCUAUAUAUGCAGGCAGCAGACCUUGUGUACGGUGGUUUUUGGUUAUGUAUGUGAAACUGCGUACUAUAGUAGAAUAAGAAUGACGAGUCAUGUAUCCAUCCAAAUCCAAGCAAGCGAAUGGCAAUCAGCAGUUUCUAAAAA